ACGGUCCUUUUCUUUGCAUUCAUCCUCUCUCUCUCCUCGCCCAUCCACCAUGGCAAUGGCAAUCCAAGCUAAAUCCCCUACUUUAUUCUCACCUCAGUUUCAGCACCCUCUUUACUCUCCCACUGCAUCUUUAUCUCCCUUCUUUGGCAGACCCCUCAAAGCCACCGCUCAAAAUCUCCAAAGAAAACACCUCAAAUUCAGCUGCAGAUCUAGCGCCGAUGACCCACAAGAUGAUUAUCUGAUUGAUGCUCCUGUUUCAGUCGGUGAUGGCUUCUCUUUCAGUGGAGGAAAGUACUCAGAUAGGGAAGACCCAUCUGAUGAAUGGUUUAAGCAAGGAAAAUUUGUUAAAGCUCAUCCAGUUGGUGGUACUGGUCAAAAAGCCAAAGAUCCAAUUUUUGGACUAACAAUGGGAGCUGAUUCUCAGGCUUCUGGUGAUGUCUUUAGAUGGUUUUGCGUUGAAAGUGGGAAUGCUGAUAAUCCAAUGGUCAUAUUGAUUCAUGGCCUCCCUUCACAGGCAUACUCCUACCGCAAAGUUCUUCCAGUUCUCUCCAAGAACUACCAUGCAAUUGCUUUUGAUUGGCUAGGUUUUGGAUUUUCAGAUAAACCUCAACCUGGAUAUGGAUUUGACUACAGAUUGGAUGAAUACGCCUCAUCAUUAGAGUCCUUCAUCAGUGAGGUUGCCACUGAUAAAAUUUCUCUUGUUGUCCAGGGCUAUUUUUCACCCAUAGUGGUUAAAUAUGCCAGCAGCCAUCAAGAGAAGAUUAAUGAUCUAAUACUCCUCAAUCCUCCUCUAACAGCCAAACAUGCCAAUCUUCCCUCAGCGCUGUCUGCAUUCAGCAACUUUUUGCUGGGUGAAAUCUUUUCUCAGGAUCCUUUGAGGGCCAGUGAUAAGACCCUGACAAGCUGUGGUCCCUAUAAAAUGAAAGAGGAAGAUGCAAUGGUUUACAGAAGACCAUAUCUCACAUCUGGUUCUUCAGGGUUUGCCCUGAGUGCAAUUAGUAGGGCCAUGAAGAAGGAGCUAAAGCCCUUUGUGGAGCAAAUGAAAAUGACACUUACAGAUAAUAAUUGGAAAGUACGAACUACAAUAUGCUGGGGCCAAAGAGACCGUUGGUUGAGCUAUGAUGAAGUUGAAGAUUUUUGCAAAGCUUCAAACCAUAAAUUGAUUGAGCUUCCAAGGGCAGGGCAUCAUGUACAAGAGGAUUGUGGUGAAGAACUUGGAGGAGUCAUUUCCAGAGUUAUCAGCAGAACAACCCACAACUAUUAACAUUUUAGAAUCAAUGUUUUUCGGUAAUACUCGAAGCUCCACUUCGUCUACAAGAGCAGUACUCUCAUUAUAGUCCUUUUUUCUUUAAAAAGUUGGCUUUGCAAUGAUGUUAGAUAUGUAUGAGCAUGCACGGGCUGCAUUGACACCAUGUAGCUUCAAUAAUUUUUGUUGCUUUUGAUGAAAAACCAGAGCUAUUUUAUUUACUUUAACGCAAUUGACAAUAGCAAUCUUGU